AAGGCAUUCAAGUUUGAGUUUGAAGGGAAAUGUCCGAAAGAUUUGGAAGAAUUGUCACAUAAUAUUGCUCGAAGAAGUGGAGGACUUCCAUUAGUAAUUAUGGUUGUUGGUGGACUUUUAGCAACCAAAGAAAUGGUGGUCCUAGAAUGGAAAGAAUUGCUCGAUAGCGUUGUUAGUACAUGUGCCCAAGAUCCAACCAUAUAUGGAUGGGCUUAA